AUGUCCGCGGAUGCUCUCGACACUUUUAUCACCACACUUUGGAUUUUUUAUAUUAUUCUGGGAUUUUACUCAGCUGGAGUCCGAGGACAAGAAGGGGAUGGCUGUGGUCACACUCUCCUUGGAGCAGAGUCUGGGACCCUGGCCUCUCAGAACUAUCCACACACUUAUCCCAACAACAUUUUCUGUAAGUGGAGGCUGCGUGUGGCUGAAGGACGGACACUGAGGCUGCUGUUCGGGGACUUUGACAUCGAGGCCAGUCCCGGCUGCAGCAACGGCUCCCUUGUGGUCAUGGAUCAAAGCGGGUACACCACUUUAGGUCCAGUUUGUGGGAGGCUGGACUUGUCCCAGAGGAAUGUGACGCUGAGCAGUAAUGAGGUGGUGAUAACGUUCAUGUCUGGAACUCACCGCUCAGGACGAGGAUUUCUGCUUUCCUACGCAACAGACCUGCAUCCACAGCUGGUUUCCUGUUUACAGCGAGGAUCCCAUUUUAGUCCAGUGCAUUUGAGUGGAGCUGCGUACUGUCCGGCCGGCUGUAAAAACAUUAGCGGAGACGUGUGGGGCGGCUGGGAGCAGGGCUACAGAGAUACCUCGGUGCUGUGCAAAGCUGCGGUUCACGCUGGCCUCACCUCGGACUCUGUGGGAGGAACUGUGACCGUGACCCGAGGGAGGAGUCUCACACUGUAUGAAUCCACGUUUGCCAAUGGAGUCCUGUCAAAAAUGGGAUCUUUGUCAGAAAAUAAGUUCCUAUUCAAACGAGAGUGCCACAGCGUGUUGCAGCUCUCCGGCUCAAACGCCUCCUCUGUGGACCCCAACCGCCCAGAGCUCAGAAAGUACUGGUCUUUCGCAGGCCCACAUUCUCCUCAGGAUGUCGUUUCCUGGACGUCUGCCUAUAAAGAUGCUUCUCCGUGGGUUGAGCUGGAGCUGAGGGACAGGAGCACCAUAACCGACAUAGUGACAACAGUUUCAAAUGAAGACUAUGUGCAUUUUUACACUCUGCAGUUGAGCAAAGACAGGAAAACAUGGAAGUGGUACAAAGAUCCACUGAGCAAAGAGAAGAAGGUGUUCCAGGCCUAUGCGGACGGCCACCUGCGGGUUCUGAACAGUGUGGUGCCUUCAGUCGUGGCUCGCUAUUUGAGGAUCCAGGCGCUCAGCUGGAGGGGCAAGGCAUCACUACAGGUGCAGGUGAUGGGCUGUCCCGUUUCCAAGGUGACGCCAAGAUCUCGGCCAAACGCAGAGUCAACGUCUGUUAAAGUCCUCGACGCCACUGUGCCACCUUUGGUUAACUCCAACUCCACUGAUGGGCCGGUUCUCGUGGAAACAAGGCUAAGCUCCAGCCAACCUGUGCUGGUGGCCGUGGGAGUGGUGCUGGGGCUGGUCAUGUGUGGCAGCUGUCUGUUAGCCGGGGUCUGGUGGAAGCAAAGGAAAAAGGCGUCUCUAAUGAAGUACUCCUUACCCCCAAUGGAAUGUCAGAAGCUUCAGAUAAAGGCGCUGCAGUGUCCUCAGUCAGAGUUUAUCUCGUAUCCACUGGAGCGAAAUGUGCACGACGCUCUUCCAAACCCUCCACUGAACGACUAUGCAGAACCAGUGAAAGUGGGCUCCACGUUUCGACCCCCGUCAGAACAGGCCUACACCUCUCCUUUCGCCCAGAAUCUUUACGACCGCCCGAGCCACAUGCCCGAGUACGCCGAGCCUCUCCCUCCAGAGCCAGAGUACGCCACCCCGUUCGGAGAUCAGGUCCAGGAAUCUUACAAGGCCCCAGUGCCCUGUCCCGGCACCACCCCCACGGCUCACUACGACUGUCCCUCACACCACACCCUGUCCAACGGCUACUGCACGCCGGUCAUCCGCACGGUCGGCGACGAGAGCUACGCACAACCCAAGCCCUGUGACGCCCGGCUGCAGAAGCACACGUACGAGCAGCCUUUGUGA